AAAUAUUGUGAGCAUGCGCAAAACAUUAGGCCUGUGCCCAAAUUCCGGGAAGGCGCGACUUGAAAGAAACAGACGAGAAAGAGGAUAAGGUACGGUUAGGCUGACUCACGGUUUUCAAAUCGACCGGAAAUGGCGACGGUCAGUAGGCAGUCCUGAAGGGAGUUUCAUUACGGAACUUACAUUGCUACCCGGAAUUUUUGUUAUUGUAUGGGAGAAGCACCUCAUCAACAGAAGAGGAGAACGGAAUCCAUCACAGACAAGAGUGAGGGUUGUAGCAUUAAAGUGAAAAAAGUUUAGAAGAAUGGAAUCUUUUGCGAGGCCACGGAUAACUCUAAUACUACUACUACUUUCAUUUUGGUCUCUGGCAUGGGCUGAGAAGCCUGGGCCGCCAACAGAUCUAAUAGUUAGCCACAUUGGAUCUAGGAAGUUGGUAAUAAGCUGGAAGCAUGGUAAACACAAUAGCACAGUGGCCUAUAGCAUAAUUAAGUACCUGGAACAUGAACAUUCUGCAGUUAUAAAGAAACAAUUUGGAGACAACAGCUCUUACACUAUCAAUGACCUGAAGCCAUAUAAAGAUUACGUUAUAAGUGUUUCCACAUGUUUUGAUAAUUCUCUGGUCAGUGAUUUUUGUAGUGGUGAAAGUGAAAAAAUUGAAAGGAAAACAAGCAUUGAUGUUCCAAGUGCACCACAAAUGGUUGAAUUGCUAAACACAAAUGAUGUUAAAGUUGCUGUUAUUGUUAGAUGGUACCCACCACUUGAUCUUAACGGGCCACCUCCGUCGUACAGAAUUUUGUACCAAAAAGAAGGUGGAGAAGACUGGGUCCCAAUCGAUGUUCUUGAUAAUGCAUUCAGUAGAAAAAGAUUCUCGCGAAGUCUUCGAUAUCCUAAGGAAUAUAUUUUAACUGAUUUGAUGCCAUCAUCAGUCUACAACAUAAAGGUUUCUGCUGGAAACAAGGCAGGAUUGAAUCAUUCUGAUGUUUGGAGCAUAUUAACAGAUGAGUCAGCUCCAGAAAAACCUCAAAACUUAACACUGAUUAUGGCAACAGCAAAGUCUCUGAAAAUAAGAUGGUUGCCACCUCGAGCCAAGACUUCUUAUUCAAAAACACGCAUCGCAUGCUAUCAUGUGUCCGCUGUAAGCCCAGUGCGACAAAUUGCUUCAAAAGUAUGUCAGAACCCUGUAAAUGAGCUGUUACUUUCUUCCUUGGAGGCAAAUACAACAUACAAUGUCAUCUUACAGGCCUCUAUCAGGCGAAAUAGGGAUAACAAAACGUUGUUAGGGCCUAGUAUUGAAAAAGAGUUUACAACAAAACCUCGCCAAAUAGUGCCUGAUACCAAUCCUGCUGUGGUUAAUAGAGCUGGCAAUUCAGCUCUUAUCCUGGUCACUGUCAUCUGCAUUCUGGUUGUCAUUGUUGUAAUUCUGGCUGGUUUACUCUAUUGCAAAAAAAAGAAUCUGUUUGAUAAAUAUGGGCGCUCUGUGUUCUAUAUCGAAGAACCAUCCAAUCAGCAGUCAUCAUCAGUAUUACGAAUGCACAGCAGUGAACGAAAGUUAACAAUUACAACAGAAGAAUUUCAAGAGCAUGUUGCCAGACUGCAUGCCGACUCAAAUUACCUGUUUUCGGAAGAGUUCUACGUACGGUUUCAGAUACUUCAAACGAUUUUCCUUCCUGAUUCUUUGAUAUUCUUAUACGAUUCAUGUUAGACAUUAGCAGUUGCC